UCUCUCCAAGGACUUAUAUAUAUAUGGCCCCUCUCAUCUUCCCUCUCAACAAACCAAAAAACUCUCUCUCUCUCUCUCUAAAAAUGGAGAUGGAACCAAGUCCACAAGAAAUAGCCAAGAAGCUAUGGAACAUAGCAAGAGCAAUGUUCUUGAUGUUAAGGACAGACAUAUCAAAGAGCAAGCCAAUGGUUGAUCUCCUCAUGCUUCUAAAACGCGGCAAGCUUGCCGGAAAAGCCAUAAGCAACCUCAUGCUCCACCACCACUCCGCCCUCAGCUGCCGCUCUGAUGACAUCCACCUCUCCUUCGUUUCUCCCCGCGAAUACGAGUUCAGUUGCAACAACAGCCCGGUUUAUCCCUCGUACUACCGGCGAAAACACCACCACCAUCAGCAUCGCCGCCGCCACCACCAUGACUACCAUUCUGACGAUGUCGUACAGAAGGUGUUUGAUCUGUUGAAUAGUAAUGAGGUACUGGAAGCAUCAGCAUCUCCACUGGCGCUUCCAGGGUUCGGGCAAAGUCCGAUAGUGAGGCAGUUGAGAAUAACUGACUCACCAUUUCCAUUGAAAGAUGGAGAUCAAGAAGACAGUCAAGUGGACAUGGCAGCUGAAGAGUUUAUAAAGAAGUUUUACAAAGAGUUGAAGCAUCAAAAGAGAAUGGCUGCCCAUCAAGAAAAUCAAGAGAGACGGGCUGCCCCAGAAUCUCCAUCACCUUACCACAUAUGGGCUAGCUAAGCUAACCACAACAUAUUUCAAUUAGGGUUUUUUAAACUAGUUACUCUUUGCAACAUCGAAAUCAAGUGAUUUAGUAAUCAGUUUUGCUAAGAGUACAUAUAUUUUUUACGUAAUUAAUCACAAAAGGUUGGGCUCACUACUUCUUAUUAUGACCAUGGCGUAAUUUUUUUUUUUUUUUACUCUUAGGGCUAGUUUACUUGUGGAAGUGUGGUGGCUUCAACACUAAAUGCAAAAGUCUUCUUUGGAAGAUCAUUGUGGGUCUUUUCUUGGUAUAGUUGCUUCUCUCUCUUUGAUGGUGUUAAUUUGAUUGUUGAGAAAUAAAUAAAGAUUAUUAAGUUCAUGAA